AUGGCUUCCUCAUCUUCUCCUAAUGGUCCAUGGUUUACAUCACCCAGUAGUGUUCAAAAAGUCUCUCUUCGGCCUCAAUCUGCCCCUCUCAGCGGAACUCAUUCUGACAGGGAAUCAUCUCCGUCAAUGGUUGCUGUACCACUUCCGCAUGUGCGCUUGCCUCCUCCUCUUUACACAUCUUGUCGACGUCUGCCCGCUAGCGACUCAAUCCUCUCCUCUGGCAACUCAUCUCCGGCCAGGCUGGUUACCGUAACGGGUGGUGGAGAAUGCGAAGUUCGAGCAGGAAAAAGGCCAGUUGCUAUGACAACAUCCACUCAGCGAUUUGAGGAUAUGCAGCCACAGAAACGGCAAGCUCAGAGGGCUGGCCCCAGUAUACAUUCAUCCACUCUACUUAAA